AAAACACGAAUGCUCGCAGUAAUACGUACGAUCGAGGCCAAAAUUACAAUGUACCUACGUGGUAUUUUUUCGAUUCCUUCUCGUUUUCUGUUUCGAAUUCGAUUUUUAAAUACUGAAUUGAAAUUCAAUUUCUGAUCAUAGACCCGAGUAUUCCGUUCAGAAAUCUCGACAUUGCUUGUCUUGAAAACGAUGAAGUUUCUACAUUUUUCCUUAUUUUUUUACUCGACUUUAUGGUUCAUUAACUGCGCACUAGCUCAAGUGAAUCCAAUAAAAAAUCCUUUGCUUUACAACCUCAAAACUCUAAAAUUGGAGGAACCAAAUCGAUACACCGAUUCCAAAAAAGAUACAUGUUCUUUCUGUAUAACUGCUUGCUCGGCUGUUACCAAACGACAAAGACUAAUCAACGUGCACGCCUCUAUUACUGGAAAUGCCAUAUUUCUGCGAGGAUAUUACGAGGAUGCUUUUCCAGGAUAUAAGAAAAUUGACCCUUGUGAUGAAUCACUGACUCCUGUGAUGGUUUGGGAUUCGUCGACGAAUUUGUAUAAAACUGGUUACGAGCUUUUUUAUUCCGAAGGAGGAGCAGUUAAAUUAAAAUGUGAUAAAUACAAAGAUUUCAGCAAACCGAAGAUCACCGAUGAUGAGGCUGAAACAUCUCCAGCUCGAAAUCCAGUACUUGCGAUAAAAACCGAAGAUGAAGAAGGAAAUACUAAAUUCGAAACACCCGAAACUGACGCAAAAUUAGUAUUUUACUGGAUAUCAGUAUUAUCAAUUCGAGUAUCAGAACAACAAAGACAGAUUAAUUUCGAGAAAGAUCAUAUCAAUAAUUUAGAUCAUGCAGAGAAAACAAUGAAUUUAUGCAAAGAUUAUAAUUUAGGAGACGAAGCACAAAACGUACCUUCGGAAAAAUGGCAAAGGCAUCAAGCCAAGGAGGCAAAACCAUUACAGUUUUCUGAUUUGGAAGAAACUCAGAUAAUGCCGAUGCGUUAUUUUCACACGUUUUCAGCUAGACUCUCCACGUGUACAUUUUUAAACGUGGCAUACGUUUGGAAAGGGGUCGAAAAUGAGCAGCUAAAAAAAGUUGAUGUAUUUUUACGCUGCAUGCAUCAGGUAUACUCGCCCAGAAUAAACAUUAUUUUUGGCACAGAAGGCACAUCAAAAGAAGUAACCGCUCAAAGUCUUAAACAAAUUAAUUCACCAGAUAACAAAAUCCUUCGCAAAUUUCCAAUACCAGUACCCGAAAUAAUAUACAGAAUCGUCGAAUACCUUGGCACUGAUGGAAGGACUUAUAAUGUCGUCAUCGUAAUUCAUAACGUACUUGGCUCUGUAACCGAUGAAGACAGAAUUUGUCCUCUUGAAUUCGAAGUAAAAGGUUGGGAUUAUGUCAAAGUACAACCAGAAAAAGUACAUGAAGGGUACAACGAACCAUCAGGGUUAACUUAUGCCUGUGGUAUAACGGAAAAAGUCAUUAAAAAAUUAAAGGCUGAUUAUGAAAAAACCGCAUCGAUGGCGGAUCUCCUACUGACUGAGGGUGAUCCAGAGAGAAUCUUGAAGUGUGUUGACGGUCAUAAGCAUCAUGCAUAAUUGUAGUAAGAAGUAGAAUAAUUAUAGAAUGUAUCAUUUUAUUAUUAAUUUUUAAGAGGAUUAGUUUUGAGUAGGUACCUAUUUGUGAUUUUAAUAAAAUAAUAUCAAUAUAAAAUGGAAAGACCCGAUACAUACAUA